CGAUGCUAGUUCAUAGUAUGUACUACUAGGCAUAGCCGCCGCCUUCCCCGCAGACUCAGAUCGGAUGCUGCGUCAUGCUGGCCGUGCCCCGACUAGUUGCUCUUGGCUCCCCCGGAUCGCCCGCCUGCGGCUUCUGAAUUAACCGUCGUGGCCUCUCAUCAGCCCCCUCAAUCUUACACUGGCAAUUCUCCGUGCUGUCGGCAUGUACGGCCAUGAGUCCUAAACGCCAAUCUCCUCCGACCACACCCCGGGCCUGUCAAUUCUGUCGCGUUCGCAAGAUCCGCUGUGACAAUGUGAAACCCGUCUGUGGCUCGUGCCAGCGCCAUGAUCGACAAUGUGUCUAUGUCGUCGACCCACCCCGGCAGAGGUACGUCUCGUUAUCCGUGGCUGGCCAGAUCAUGCCACGCCGGUCUGACCUGCCAUAGGCCAUCCAGAGCCCUCAUCAACGCGGCUCAUCGUCAGAGGCGUGCGGCUGAGAACGUCAUCAUUGCCUUGAAGAAUGCGGAGCCUAAUGCCCGGGAUGGCAUUCUAGACUCGAUCCAGGUCAAGGAUGGGUUCCUGGAAUUGCCGCCGGCCUUGACUGGCCCCAGUUCCACCAACAUCCCGGCCCAGCCGGCCCAGGCCAGUGAUGCAUACAACGGCUCGACCCUGUCCAGCACACCCAAUGACUUGAAUGAUACCACCUCCGAGGACGAGGAAUACGACCCCACCACCUUUCUAUCCCGCGAUGAAUGCGGUACAGUCGGUAUAUUUGGCCCGUCGUCGGCGUUGCAUGCCCGGAGCCCCGUCGGCCUUGUUGACGGCGCCAACCCGCGAUCGGCUGCUGAACCGGAUCGGUAUCAACUCAUUGCCGAGGCAGCCCUACAGCGCCAACGCGAGCCUGACCUGCGUCAUCUAGUGACCAUAGGGGGGAUCCCGUCCGAGUUGGCCUUGCAUCUGCUUGACCUGCACUGGAACCGCCAGCAUCACACGUUCCUGCUGACCUAUCGCCCAGCAUUCAUGCGAGAUCUGGUCACCGGUGGGCCGUACUGCUCGGAGUUUCUGCUUAGCGCCGUCUUUGCCUGUUCGAGUAAGUUUUCAGAACGGCUCGAGGUGCGGGAAGAUCCUCGACGGCCCGAGUCUGCUGGGAAACAGUUUUUCGACCGGUGUGACCAAUUGCUGGCUGAGCAGUCACUCUUGACACAUUCUAGCAUUCCCACUAUCGCCGGGUUGAUCAUGCUCGGCAGCACUUUCAACGCCCGAGGACAGACCUCAAAAGGUUGGUUGUACACGGGGUUUGCCCUGCGCAUGGUGUACGACAUGGGGUUGCAUCUCGACUGCAAGGAGGUUGCUGCCAGUGCGGAGGAUAUCGAGGUCCGUCGUCGUGUCUUCUGGGCAGCUUUCAUAUGCGACAAACUGCAGAGCUUGUACUUUGGGCGUCCCUUUACCAUUCAGCUGCGUGAUGCCCAUGUAUCGCGAGUCUUUAUGGAUACUUUUGAAGAGAAUGAGCUGUGGAUGCCAUAUGUCGAUCCCCAGAAGCCGGAGAGCCAGAUCCGCUCUAAUGUCCCUACGCGCAUCUAUUCCGUGACCGUUUUUCAACAAUUGUGCUCAUUGUCCAAGAUCAUGACGAGCAUCAUCGAUCGCUUCUACAUGGCUGGUGCCACUGGGAGCAAGACGCGCAAGUACCUGGAGCUGAUCGACCGCCGGCUAGCGACGUGGUACCGGAAACUACCAGUGGAGCUGCAAUUCGAGCCCUGGGCGGAUGAUGGCCGGUCUCCACCAGCUGUCGUCGCGCCCAAUGUCAUCAUCCUUCUGACCACCUACAACGCGCUCAUCAUCUUGCUACAUCGCCCGUUCAUGGGCAGUGGGCAUUUGCGCGCCGAGGAUCCGCCGGCGGACUCCUGGGAACGCUGCAUCACAGCUGCCCGCAACAUCACGAGCCUGGCGUUGGCGUAUCGCUCCGGCUAUUCGCUACGGCGGGCGAACUACAUGCUCAGCUACGCGGUGUAUGUAGCUUGCACCAUUCAUGCACGCAAUCCGGCCAUCCGGGAAAGUACACGACGCAAAGAAGCCUCGUCUCCAUUGACAGUCUGUCUGCGCUGUCUAGACGAGCUGGCAAUCCCCAACUGCGGAGUGUCGGCGCCAUCGAAGAUUAUCCGCCGGCUGAUGGAGGCCAACGGCAUGUCCAUCCAAACGGGCUGCGACCCUACCAUCCAAGACCCCUUCCAGGUGGACAUCAACCUAGACUUCCAAACAUUCCCGGGCCUCGACUUCAGCCCGCGCCGCCUCGACCACGACAACCAGCUCUCCGGGUUCCAAGACUUCAACCAAGAUCUGGAUCUGCUGUUCGGGUUCAUGAACGAGCCGGACGUGUCCAUCUCAUCGAUCUUCAAUAGUGUUGUUCCUUACUAACUGUACAUCCAUACCCUAUCAAAUAGACCUUUCUUUC